AUGUUGACUGACGACAACACAAACUUUGAGGCUAUGCCUGUUCGUGCGAACCUCAUCCCUAGCCUUCAGAAGCCGGUCCAGCAAGUUCUCUGGAUAGGAUGCUCAGAUAGUUGCUUCGAAGAAACGAAGAUUCUUGAUCUCCUGCCCGACGAGAUGCUCGUACAUCGCAACUUGGGUAACAUGUUAAUUGAAGGCGAUAUGUCUUCCGAAGUCACCAUCAAGCACGCAGUCUCAACACUGAAGGUCAAGCACAUAGUGGUGUGCGGUCACUACGGAUGCGGUAUUGUUCGAUCGGAGGCACGGCAGGGCUUGAAUGGCCCUUGGUUAAGUCAACUAAAUGCCUUACAUUCAACCUUCUACGACACUGUCAAUCAUCUUUCAGUUUAUCACCGGGACCGCGCUUUCGUUGAAAUGAAUAUUUUCGCCCAGUUACACUCUCUGCGAAAGUUUCCUGAAGUACACAACGCAACGAAAACAAGAGGGCUCCAAUUGCAUGGAAUCGUUUAUGACACCAACACAGGAGAGCCUUCAGGCUAA